AUCCACUCUAAUGAAUUAUUUUUUUGAAAAAUGGGAGACAAUCUGGUGAACUUGCCCGUUCUGGAUACAAUGGGGAACAUAUUGAUCUACUUUCCAGACAACUUAUUCUCCAUUGAUCAAACAACUUAUAAAUAAUGAGAAUUCAAGUGCGGAUGGCAAUGUUAUGAUAGCUGUGCGCAUGUCUGUGACGUCAGGAACGGCGGGACGUCCCCGAUUUUCAAAAAAUCAAAUGAUUUCAAACGAUGCGAGUUACCUUUGACAUCUAACAAGAUAAGUUGAGGAUAACAAUUACAACUGACUGUAAUCAUGUUAUUUAAUUUCGGCUUUUUGAAGUGGUCGCUGCUGUUUUUCUAUUCUAGAGGCUAUUGAUAUUGCGCACAUAUUUCCCGACAAUACAAGAAGCGGGAAUAAUGAAAAACCUUGGGGAAAUGUUGAAGCGAAGGUCAAUAAUGAAUUUUUAACCUCCAUAUGUUGAAACUCAAUAUAAAUACUAAAAUCCUCAUGGAGAAAUACAGCUCAGGGUUUUCUGCUUCUUUCACGCAGGCUUUAUUCCGCUUUUGGCAGGCCAAGGACCAAUGGCUACUGACCUGGCGUCUCGGUACAAAACACUCAGCUGCAUUUGAAAUUCACUCCAACUACAACUACAAACAAACUCCAAUGCUUUCAGUCCUGAGGAAAAAGUCCAAAUGAAAGAAAAAAUUAAAGUCCUCUCCUUUCCUCGCAUGUAAGUGGAGGAAGAAAUAAUGUAUUUGCAGGCAGAGUAACUAUCUCCCUUUGGGCAUGAGUGGCUUCCAAGUAAAUCCAAAGGAAGGGAUAAUUUUAUUUGACCGCUAAUCCAUGAAACCGGUUCCCAAGGUGUCCAUGUAUCUGGGAUCUCGGCAGAUCCGUUAUGAUUAAUCAUUAAAUCUUUUACCGGAUAGAUCGCAACAGAAAGUCCUAAUCGCUGAUUUAUUAUCUAUAUCUCUCGACUCCGUUCAUCAACUCAGCCUUGAUAUCCUCAUUAAUUAUUAAAAUAAAACCACACACUUCGCUACGGAAUUCUCUUCGAUAGAAGCCAAGUUUUUUUCUUUUUGUGCUUUUCAAGUGCAUUUAUCUUUCUUUUUUUUACUGUGGGAAAAAAUUACAAACGAUCGACGAAUUACGACCGCCGCUAGCCAUCGGAGAGUCCCUCGAGAGGGGCCGAAAGACUCCAGACAUUCAGUGAUAGUCGAUUCUUUGAGUCGAGAAGAAGACAACUCACCUUCUACCUUUUUCUUUCAAUUAUUCAUGAUUCAUCAAAAGUCAAUUUUAUAUUUGCAUGUGAUGCAACAAUAAAUAAAUAAAUAAUUCAUUAGUGAUGAAAGCCUAUCAUUUGGGACUCGUUUUUAUAAUUUUUUACAGCGUUAAUUGUCAGGACAGCAGUUUACCACUUGCAGGACAAGACUACAUCCUUCGAAGUUGUAUAUCAACCGCAGAAUUGGUGAGGACCCACCGAAAAGCGGGAAAUGACAAAAUGAUAUUGACAAACAAUGUAGCUGAAGCCCCUGGUCCCCUGGGAAAGAGGUUUCCUCCUUCAAAGGCAAUAAUGAAUCACAGUGGACGAGAAAAGAGACGAAAAAUUGAAGAGACUCCUCUACGUACCCUGAAUAUUCGCAAGGCGAUGAAGAAUCAGUCUCCUCUCACUUUCAUGGGAAAAUUAAUUUUUCCAGAGAUUUCAACAGCAAGAACUCGUCAGCAAAAACACCAGAGAGAGUCAGAAAUAAUCAUUAUCAAAGCAAAAGAUUGAAACAUAGUGUCUCAUCAUGAACAUUGAUUUUAAUUCUUACAAAAGAUCUAUUGAUUGAUAAUUGUUUCCGUUUGUUUUUGUAAAUUGACAAAUUAAUCAAGGGGCUUACUAACGGUCUCUGGCAACCUCUGAAUUUCCACCUGAAUAAAGAAAUGAAAAUAAA